GGGGCGCUGACGUAGAGGCCGCUCGGCGGCCGGGGGUCCCUUCGGUGGGGCCGCGGCUCCCCGCCCGCCGCCCCCGCGCGUCCAUUCCCUUUUGUGUCCCGCGCGCGGCCCGGCCCCGCGCACACUCGCGCCCGCGCCCCGGGGCCGGCGGGCGGCUCCCGGCGCGGCCCUGCUCCGCGCGCCCCGCUUUGUGUGGACGCGCCGGCCGGGUGCGCGCGGGCUGUCGUGCGCCCCCGGCCCCGUCCCGGCCCCGGCCCGGCGCGGCCCCCCGCCCGGCCCGCCCGGCCCGCCCGGCCCGACCCGGAGCGCAGCGCGGGCCGAGGGCGGGCGGGCGGCGCGCGAACAUGGCGACGGUGCCCGUGUACUGCGUGUGCCGGCUCCCCUACGACGUUACCCGCUUCAUGAUCGAGUGCGACGCCUGCAAGGACUGGUUCCACGGCAGCUGUGUGGGAGUGGAAGAGGAGGAGGCCCCAGACAUCGACAUAUACCACUGCCCAAACUGCGAGAAAACCCACGGGAAGUCUACCUUGAAGAAGAAGAGGGCCUGGCACAAACAUGGUCCAGGGCAGACGCCCGACGUGAAGCCCGUGCAGAAUGGCAGCCAACUCUUCAUCAAGGAGCUGCGGAGUCGGACCUUCCCCAGCGCGGAAGACGUGGUGGUCCGCGUGCCAGGCAGCCAGCUCACUCUGGGCUACAUGGAGGAGCACGGCUUUGCUGAGCCCAUCCUCGUCCCCAAGAAAGACGGGUUGGGCCUGGCGGUCCCAGCCCCCACCUUCUAUGUCAGCGACGUCGAGAACUACGUGGGCCCGGAGCGGAGCGUGGACGUGACGGAUGUCGCCAAGCAGAAAGACUGCAAGAUGAAGCUGAAGGAGUUCGUGGACUACUACUACAGCACCAACCGCAAACGGGUGCUCAACCUCACCAGCCUCGAGUUCUCCGACACCAGGAUGUCCAGUUUCGUGGAGCCACCUGACAUUGUCAAGAAGCUGUCAUGGGUGGAGAACUGCUGGCCCGAUGACGCGCUGCUGGCCAAGCCCAAGGUGACCAAGUACUGUCUCAUCUGCGUGAAGGACAGCUACACCGACUUCCACAUCGACUCGGGAGGUGCCUCCGCCUGGUACCACGUGCUCAAGGGGGAGAAGAUCUUCUAUCUCAUCAAGCCGGCUUCAGCCAACAUCUCCCUGUAUGAGCGCUGGCAGUCAGCCGCGAACCACAGUGAGAUGUUCUUUGCUGACCAGGUGGACAGAUGUUACAAGUGCACCCUCAAGCAGGGCCAGACACUCUUCAUCCCCUCCGGCUGGAUUUAUGCCACACUCACUCCCGUGGACUGCCUGGCCUUCGCGGGACAUUUCCUGCACAGCCUGAGCGUGGAGAUGCAGAUGAGAGCAUAUGAAGUGGAAAGGAGAUUGAAACUGGGCAGCCUGACUCAGUUUCCCAACUUUGAAACUGCCUGCUGGUACAUGGGGAAGCACCUGCUGGAGGCAUUCAAAGGUUCUCACAAGUCUGGGAAGCAGCUGCCCCCUCAUUUAGUCCAAGGAGCUAAAAUUCUCAAUGGUGCUUUUAGAUCAUGGACGAAAAAGCAGGCUUUGGCAGAGCAUGAGGACGAGCUCCCAGAGCACUUCAAACCUUCCCAGCUCAUCAAAGACCUCGCCAAAGAGAUCCGCCUUAGCGAGAAUGCCUCCAAGGCCGCCCGACCCGAAGUGACCCCCGCAGUCUCCUCAGAUGAAGUCUGUUUUGGGGGUCGGGAGAAAGAGGAGCCCCCGUCCCCUAUUGAGGCCAGCCCUCCGCGGUCCUUCCUGGAGAAAGUGUCCAAAAAAAAGACUCCCAAAACCGUGAAGAUGCCCAAGCCGUCCAAAGUUCCCAAGCCCCCCAAACCUCCCAAACCCCCGAAGCCCCCCAAGCCACUGAAGCUCAAGGAUGGGGGCAAGAAAAAAGGGAAGAAGUGCAGGGGCGCGGCCUCGCCCACCAUCCCCAACCUGGACCUGCUGGAGGCCCACACCAAGGAGGCGCUGACCAAGAUUGAGCCUCCCAAGAAAGGCAAGGCCACAAAGAGUGUCCUGAGUGUGCCCAACAAGGAGGCAAUCAGCUCGCAGAAUGACAUGGAGAGGCUAGAAAUCCGAGAGCAAACUAAGAGCAAGUCAGAAGCCAAGUGGAAGUACAAGAACAGCAAACCUGACUCCCUACUGAAGAUGGAGGAAGAGCAGAGGCUGGAGAAGUGUCCUUUAUCAGGGGGCAAGGACCCCAAGUUCUCGUUCUCCUUCAACAAGAGACUGCUGGGCUCCAAGGCCCUCAAGCCGCAGCCCAGCCCAGGUGUGUUUGGGGCUGUUCAGAGCUUCAAGGAGGACAAGCCCCAGCCGGUGCGGGACGAGUACGAGUACGUGUCGGACGACGGGGAGCUCAAGAUUGACGAGUUUCCCAUCAGGAGGAAGAGGAGCGCCCCCAGGAGAGAUCUGUCUUUCUUGCUGGACGGGAAGGAGCCACUGCCCACGCCCGCCUCGAAGCCAAAGCUGGACUCGGCACUCUACAAGCAGAGUGACGACUCCUCUGACGAGGGCUCGCUGCACAUCGACACAGACACCAAGCCCGCCCGCAACGCCAAAGUGAAGAAGGAGGGCGUGGGCUCGGCGGCGGGCAUCCUGGACCUGCUGCAGGCUAGCGAAGAGGUCGGAGCGCUUGAGUACAACCCCAACAGCCAGCCCCCAGCCUCCCCCAGCACGCAGGAAGCCAUUCAGGGAAUGCUGUCCAUGGCCAACCUGCAGGCCUCUGACUCCUGCCUGCAGACCACAUGGGGUGCCGGCCAGGCCAAGGGCAGCUCACUGGUGGCCCACGGUGCCCGGAAGAACGGGGGUGGCGGCAAGAGCGCAGGCAAGCGGCUGCUGAAGCGGGCAGCCAAGAAUAGCGUGGACCUGGACGAUUAUGAAGAGGAGCAGGACCACCUAGACGCCUGCUUCAAAGACUCGGACUACGUUUACCCCUCCCUGGAGUCUGACGAGGACAGUCCGGUCUUCAAGUCCCGGUCCAAGCGGAGGAAAGGCUCUGACGAUGCUCCCUACAGUCCCACAGCGAGGGUCGGCCCGUCGGUGCCAAGGCAGGACAGGCCUGUGCGUGAGGGCACCAGAGUAGCCUCCAUCGAGACCGGGCUGGCAGCUGCCGCCGCCAAGCUGUCCCAGCAGGAGGAGCAGAAGAGCAGGAAGAAAAAGAACACCAAAAGGAAGCUGGCUCCCAACACCCCCUCCCCCUCGGCCUCGGCCUCCACCACGUCGGCCUCCACCACAUCAGCCUCCACCACGUCGGCCUCCACCACCCCGGCCUCCACCACCCCGGCCUCCACCAGCACGGCCAGCAGCCAGGCCUCACAGGAGGGCAGCUCGCCCGAGCCCCCGCCCGAGGCGCACAGCAGCAGCCUGGCGGAUCACGAGUACACUGCAGCCGGAGCCUUCUCAGGGGCCCAGGCUGGCCGUGCCUCCCAGCCCAUGGCCCCGGGGGUCUUCCUCACACAGAGGCGGCCCUCUGCGUCCUCCCCCAACAACACCGCUGCCAAAGGAAAACGUACAAAGAAGGGCAUGGCCACCGCCAAGCAGAGGCUUGGGAAAAUUUUGAAAAUUCAUCGGAACGGAAAACUGCUCCUUUAAAGUUUGGAAAGCCAGGAUCCUUCCGCUCCGCUCAGGACUCCCGGAGCCCCGCUAGAACAUCAGCCCCCAGGAGGGUGGCCGCGCUGCCUCACCCCGGGGAGGGCCUGGCCCCCUCCCAGCCACCACUCCCCCCAUACGAGCAUCUGUUGCUUCAGCAGGCAGAGCUCACCGAUGUGGACAGACAUCCUUUCUCAAGUUGCUUAGAGUGACCAGUUCCCGAAACUCAGCCCUGCCCGUUUGAGGACCAUUCCAGUUUCAGGAGAGCCUCCAGGCACCCCUGACUGUGGGUGUGAUCGCAGGGCUUCGGCAGCUCUGCUGGGAGCACGAGUCCUUUGAGGAAGGAGGAGUGAGCCAAAGCUCACCAGGCCCAGAGUCUGAGCUAGCCACAGGCUGGUAGCCUCCAGAGGCUUAAAAAAGGCAAAGAACACUAGAGAGGAAGAGGAGGAGAAAGUGGGGUCUUAUGUGCCCCCCUACUCUUCCCGAGUGAUUCUCAGACAGUCCAGAGAGUGUGAGGCCCGGCCAAGAGAGGGGAUUCUGUGCUCCCCGGCCGGGGGCCGGCGGGCCGGAUGGUGGGUGUCGUGCCCCGAAUGGCCAGGGCCUUUCUUGGGAUGCUGGGGCCGGCAGCAGGGUCAGUGUGUUAGUGGCUGGGGGCGCCGUGAUGGGGUUCCCCUGGAAGGGUCAGGCCCAGCCACGACGUGGGGCCUAGGGGCCCGGGCUAAGCCAUGAGGGUGGGCCCCCGCUGCCCCACCGGCUACACUCCGAGAAGCACUUCUCAGCUGAGACACCCCGCCUGGCGGGGCGGAUGGCGGCGGGGCGGCCCGAGGACGCGGGGCCCGGCACGUCUGUCUGUCAUCUGUCCGUGUUUGGUGUCGAGUCCCUGGGUGGACCCUGGACCGAAUGUCCGCCCGUCGACACAGAGGGGCUGGAGUUGUUUCUCAGGCAAUCCUGUAUUUUAAUUUUAGAUCUAUCUCCUGAAGCAUAUUUUUCAUAGAAUGUAGCGUGUAAAUAGCUUUUUCAAUAACUUCUUUUUUAUAAGAGUAAAAGUAUCUUUAGGGAUUUCUUUCUAGAGAGUCCGUCAUUAACAUUUAUACGAGUUUUUUGCCGAGUAUGAUGAGCACUUGGUUUUUGCCUUCUUUCUGUUUACUGUUCCUGUUGGUGUUACUGUUUUCUUUUAGGAACUAAGGUAUUGCCUGAAAAACAAGUGGGUGUGUGUGGAGCCUUCUGUCUGUCUUUGCAGCAGCAGCCGUGCGCGAGACCCGCUCCAGACGCGACGGGAGAGGGCUCUUCGACUCGGACACCAGCUCUUUCUUUCCUUCUCGUUGGCGGAGGGGUGGGGAUGCAGUUAUUUUACUUAGCACCUUGUGAAGUGUUUCUGUGUUUUGUGAUGCUGUAAUUUAUUAAUGUUUGUAGCUUUUUAUAUUUGUACAUUUCUUAUGAGCUUUGUUUAUACGCCUGUCCCCAGGGGCCGUGUCGGCGAGGCCCGGCCCCGAGGCUGGCUGGCGAGCUCGCCGGGCGCUGGCUGCGCUCACUGUGCCGUCCUGGCGUCCGCGAGGCUUCCUUUCCCGUCCUUGUUGAACAUUUAUAUAAUCUAACCCGGCCAUCCAGCUGUUCUCUCUCUUUUAUUUUUUAAAGUUUAUUAUUAUUAUUAUUUGGCAACAUGUACAUUUCUAACAAAGUUUACCGUGGCUAUUAAAGUGUUUUAUUUCCCAAUUCAUAUUACUCUUGUAUCGAGUCCCUAAGGUCUAAGGCAGCUUAGAUCAAAGUUUUAAAAGAGUAAAAAUAUUUCAGGUUUUGUACAGAA